AUGUCUGAUAUCCCAAUUGAUUUCACUGAACUCGCUCAAUUGACGUCAUUGGGGAUCUCUGCAUCCUCCCUUGAUUUUAGAUCGACAACCUUAGAGUCUGAUCACUAUGUCUGUGUAAGGGAGACCGGCGCGUCCGGCAAUACUGUUGCUAUCAUUGACCUUCAUGAUAACAAUAACGUUACCAGAAAGAAUAUGUCAGCUGACAAUGCCAUAAUGCACUUGGAUCAAAACGUUAUAUCGUUGAGAGCCAAUGGGACCACCAUUCAAAUCUUCAACCUCGGAACAAAGCAGAGAUUGAAGUCACAUACCAUGGAGGAACCGGUUGUGUUUUGGAAAUGGUUAACUGCUGAUGUGUUGGGUUUGGUUACAGGACUGGCUAUCUUCUCUUGGUCCAUCUUUGACGGCUCGAACAAUGGCCCUGUAAAGUUGACUGACAGACACCACUCCUUAAACAAUGCCCAGAUUAUAAAUUUUGUUGCUGAACCAACCAACUUGAACUGGUUUGCCGUCACUGGUAUUGCACAGGAAGACGGACGCAUUGCUGGUCACAUUCAGUUAUUCUCCAAGAGUAGAAACGUUUCCCAAGCAAUUGAAGGGCACGUCUGUAAGUUUGCCCUGGUCAGAUUGGAAGGUGGAGCAAGUCCUACCAAAGUGUUCUGUGUUGGUAACAAGAAUGCUCAGGGCCAAGGUAACUUGCACAUCAUUGAAAUUGAUCAUCAAGAUGGAAACCCUCAAUUCAGUAAGAAAUCAGUGGAUAUAUUCUUUCCUCCAGACGCUGCCAACGAUUUCCCAAUCAGUUUGCAAGCCUCAGACAAAUACGGUAUUAUCUAUAUUUUAACCAAGUAUGGGUUCAUCCAUUUGUAUGACAUUGAGAGUGGUGCCAAUUUGUUUGUAAACAGAAUCACUGCAGACCCAGUUUUCACUGCUUCUAGUUACAAUGAUGGUACCGGUAUCUUGACCAUUAAUAAGUCUGGACAGGUAUUAAGUGUCGAAAUUGCCAAGGAUAAGAUCAUUCCAUACGUUUUAGAAAAAUUAUCAAACGUAGGUCUUGCCCUUUCCUUGCUGUCAAGAGGUGGCUUCCCAGGUGCCGAAAACUUGUUCCAACAACAAUUCCAAAAUUUCCUUAACCAAGGUGAUUACUUAAACGCUGCUAAAAUCGCUGCUUCGCUGGAGCAGUUGAGAACUCAAGAUACCAUCAAUAAGUUGAAAAAUAUCACUGCGCAACCGGGCCAAAUUUCUCCUAUUUUACAAUACUUUUCCACUUUAAUGGACAAGGGAACUUUAAACAAAUACGAGUCCAUUGAAUUGGCAAAGCCAGUAUUGCAGCAAGAUAGAAAACCACUUUUCGAAAAAUGGUUGAAGGAAGAUAAGUUGACCUCUUCUGAAGAAUUGGGAGAUAUCGUAAAGAGCUACAAUGAUCCAGCAUUAGCACUUGCUGUUUAUAUCAGAGCUAAUGUUAACAUUAAAGUUGUGUCUUGUUUGGCUGAAUUAGGUCAGUUUGACAAGAUUAUUCCAUACUGUGAAAAAGUUGGGUAUCAACCAGAUUUCACCAACUUAAUUCAAAACUUAGUAAGAGUAAGCCCUGAUAAGGCCAGUGAAUUUGCUACUAGCUUGUUAGCUUCACCUUCCACUGAAGGUUCCAUUAAUGUUGAACAAAUAAGUGACUUAUUCUUCCUGCAAAACUUUAUUCAACAGGGUACUGCUUUCUUAUUGGAUGCAUUAAAGAAUGACUUACCAGCUGAUGGCCAUUUACAAACAAAGGUACUUGAAAUCAAUUUGCUUCACGCACCACAAGUCGCCGAUGCUAUUCUUGGUAACCAAAUGUUCAGUCACUACGAUAAGCCAACAAUUGGAAAAUUAUGUGAAAAAUCUGGCCUUUUCCAAAGAGCUUUAGAACAUUACGAUGAUUUGAAGGAUAUCAAAAGAGUUAUUGUACACACUAACGUUUUACCAAACGAUUGGUUGGUCAGCUACUUCGGACAGUUGAAUGUCCAGCAAUCUGUUGCAUGUUUGAAGGAAUUGUUACUGCAAAAUAUCCAACAAAACUUGCAAGUAGUUAUUCAAGUCGCAACCAAAUAUUCUGAUUUGAUUGGUCCAUUAACAUUGAUCAAGAUCUUUGAAGACUACAAAUGUAUCGAAGGUGAGUACUACUACUUGAGUUCUAUCGUAAACUUGACUCAAGAUGCCGAUGUUGUCUUCAAAUAUGUAGAAGCUGCUGCAAAGAUGAACCAAACGAAAGAAAUCGAAAGAAUUGUUAGAGAUAACAACGUUUAUAACGGUGAAAAAGUUAAGAAUUUCUUGAAGGAAUUCAAAUUGGAAGAUCAAUUACCAUUAAUUAUUGUCUGUGAUAGAUUCAAUUUUGUUCACGAUUUAAUUUUGUACUUAUACAAGAACCAAUACUUUAAGUUUAUCGAAGUUUAUGUUCAACAAGUUAACCCAGGAAACACCCCACAAGUUGUAGCUGGAUUAUUAGAUGUUGAUUGUGACGAAUCAAUUAUUAAGGGUUUACUUCAAUCGGUAAUUGGGAGAGUUCCAAUUAAGGAGCUUGUUGCAGAAGUGGAAAAGAGAAACAGAUUAAAGAUCUUAUUACCAUUCUUGGAAAAGACCUUAGAAGGCGGAUCUAACGAUCAAGAAGUAUUUAACACUCUUGCUAAGAUUUACAUUGAUUCCAACAACAACCCAGAAAAAUUCUUGCAAGAAAAUGACAUUUACAACACUUUAGUUGUUGGUAAAUACUGUGAGAAGAGAGAUCCAUACUUGGCUUACAUCUGUUACUCAAAGGGUAACAAUGAUAACGAAUUAAUCAGUAUCACUAACGAUAAUAAGAUGUACAAGUACCAAGCUAGAUACUUGUUGAAGAAGUCCGACUUUGAAUUAUGGAAUAAGGUGUUGGCCAAUGAAAAUUCUACUCACAGAAGACAGUUGGUUGAUCAAGUCAUUUCCACUGGAAUCCCAGAAUUGACUGACCCUGAACCAAUCUCUAUUACAGUAAAAGCAUUCAUGGAAAAUGACUUACCUCAAGAAUUAAUUGAAUUAUUAGAGAAGAUUAUCUUAGAGCCAUCUCCAUUCAAUGAUAACACUUCAUUACAAGGUUUGUUGAUUUUAACUGCUAUCAAGGCUGAUCCUUCAAGAGUUAUGAACUAUAUUGAAAAGUUAGACAAGUUUGAUGCUGAAGAAAUUGCACCAUUAUGUAUUGAAAAUCAAUUAUAUGAAGAAGCAUUCGAGAUCUACGAUAAGUUUGAAUUGAGAAACUUAGCUAUGAAGGUACUUGUUGAAGAUGUCAUGAGUUUAGAUAGAGGUGAACAAUAUGCUAACAAGCACUCUGAAGAUUCAGAAUUAUGGUACCAAUUAGGUAACGCGCAAUUGAAUGGUUUAAGAAUCCCUGAAGCUAUUGAAUCCUAUGUGAAGUCUAAGAAACCUGAUAAUUAUGAACAAGUUAUUGAGAUUUCUGAACAUGGUGGUAAAGAAGAAGAAUUGAUUAGCUUCUUAGAUAUGGCAAGAGAGACUUUAAGAGAGCCAGUUAUUGAUGGUUCUUUAAUCAACUGUUACGCUUCAUUGGGUAAGUUGAAUGAAAUUGAAAAAUUUGUUGCUGGACCAAACGUUGCCGAUUUAGAAUUAAUUGGUGACAAGUUGUUUGAAGCUAAAAAUUACAAAGCAGCCAAGAUCUUGUACUCUAAUGUCUCCAAAUACUCCAAGUUGGCAACAACCUUAGUUUAUUUAGAAGAUUACCAAGGCGCCGUUGAUUGUGCAAGAAAGGCUUCCAAUACUAACGUUUGGAAACAAGUUAAUCAAGCAUGUAUCGCUAACAAAGAAUUUAGAUUAGCUCAAAUUUGUGGAUUGAACUUGAUUAUUGAUGCUGAAGAAUUACCUGAAUUAGUACAUACCUACGAAUUUAAUGGUUACUUCAACGAAUUGAUUUCAUUAUUUGAAAGUGGUUUAGGAUUAGAAAGAGCUCACAUGGGUAUGUUUACUGAAUUGGCAAUAAUUUACUCAAAGUACAGUCCUGAGAGAGUAAUGGAGCACUUAAAACUUUUCUGGUCAAGAAUUAAUAUUCCAAAGGUAUUAGUUGCUUGCGAACAAGCACACUUAUAUCCAGAAAUGAUUUUCCUUUACUGUCAUUAUGAAGAAUGGGACAAUGCCGCUUUAACUAUGAUCGAAAGAUCCGAAGUGGCAUUUGAACAUUCCUCUUUCAAGGAAAUUAUUGUCAAGGCGCCAAACUUAGAGAUUUACUACAAGGCAAUCAACUUCUACAUGAAUGAGAAUCCAUCUUUGUUGGUUGAUUUAUUAUCCGUUUUGGUAUCUAAAUUAGACUUGCCAAGAGUGGUUAGAAUGUUUGUGAAAUCUGACAACUUGCCAAUGAUUAAGCCAUUCCUUAUUUCAGUAUUGGAUAAGAACAACUCAAUUGUCAACGGUGCUUACCACGAUCUCUUGAUCGAAGAAGAAGAUUAUAAAUCUUUAAGAUCAGCAAUUGAAAGUGAAUCAAGCAAUAGAUUUAACUCCUUAGAUCUUGCUGAGAGAUUGGAAAACCAUUCCAUUAUCUUUUUCAGACAAAUCUCUGCUACUUUAUUCACUAAGAACAAGAAAUUCACCAAGGCAAUUUCUAUUUUGAAGAACGAUAAAUUGUGGGCAGACUUACUCAAGACUGCUGCAAUUUCCAAAUCUACGAAGGUUGCUCAUGAAUUAUUAGAUUACUUUGUUGAAACUGGUAACCGUGAAUGUUUUGUUGCAUUAUUGUACAGUUGUUACGAUACCGUAGAAUUUGACUAUGUCCUUGAGUUAUCUUGGUUACAUGAUUUGGGUAACUUCAUCAAACCGUAUGAAAUUUCAGUUGUACAUGAAAAUCUGAAGAAGUUGGCUGAAUUGCAGCUCGAUUUACAGAAGAGAAAGGAUGCCGAAAAGAAAGAAGAAGACACACCAAUUGGCCAACCAUUAAUGAUCACAAAUGGUAACCUUGGGUAUCAACCUACUGGAGCCGGAUUUGGAAAUGCAUUCUGA